GCGAGAUAAUACUUUCUUCUGCACUUUGUCAGCAGUGGUUCUCCACCAUUUCGCUGCGUCUAAAAGUCUCCUCCCCGCAACCACUAGAACCCGCUCUCUUUCAGUCCGUAUUAUAACUUCUUCCCACGGACCUACUCCUACCUCGUUGGGUACCGAGAGGCAGUUUAGAAUACUAUCAUCACGGAUUGAGUACGAUUUUAUCCGGAUGACGACUCCAUCAACAAGAAUUUUGUAAAAGAAAACUGGUCGGAAAUUUCAGAAUAUGUGGACAGGACCUUAAUCAGCAUCCUGGAAGUGGAAAGCACGGAAGCGCUGUGUCCCACACCACAGACAGGUGCAGUGUGUAGCCGGAGCAGCACAGAGGGAGGAAGCUCUGGGGAGGAGGAGGUGCAGCAGCGCACCCCUCCGGCUGUGGAUGUGCUGGGUGACAACCCCCAGGCUGCGCAAAAUGUGGCCGCUGCGCCUCUCCCACCACUGGAUAACGCGACCACGUCACACCCUGAAAGACACGGACGUGUCAGUGAAAAUAACACACCCACAGAGACUCACCCCAACGACAACACUAAGGACAGCCUUGAAAGAGGGGCAAUGUCAGAUAGUGGUGGUGGAGGAAGAUUGGGCCCGUUGCACCCCAAGGACCCUAGUCUCUCUACGAAGUCCCAUUCAGACAGGCUCUCUGACACACAGACAGACGGAACAAGCCAAUAUUCGCAUUAUGUGUCACAAACUGAUAACAGCAGCCACACAGACAGACAAAGGAGUGCUGCUGGACCAGGCCAGGCUUUGCAUCAGAGAGUUGCAGGUGGACUGGUGGUCAUCAGUGGGACAGAAAAGGGCCAGCCUCUCCCAGAGAAAUUGGAAUAUAAACAAGAGACUGGAAUCGAGGAACUUGGCAGAGAACACCCAGCUAGAAACCUUCCCUCUAAAUCCUGCUCAACAGUGUCCCUACUUCCCCUCAGCCCAAAUAAAGAUACAGUCCCAGACCACAACGAAGACCGAGGGAUGGAGCAGUCUCAAACAACCCUGUCGACUCAGGCAAAUCAGGCCAGCCACAUACCUCUGUCUGAAGUCAAAGAGCAAGCAGGCAUUCUGCAAAAUUCUGAACAGCCUAUCCCCCCAGUGCUCAUCACUGACAACAGUAAGAAGAAACAAACAGACCUCUCCACAGAACCUAAAAUCACGCAGAACUCGAAUUACGGCCAAGAAGAGAUACAGGGAGCUAAUGCGGUGGAUCAGGGACCACAAGAAUCUGAGAGAUCUACAGAACCGUCUGAGAGUAGACAAGUCAAACUUGGGAGUUCACAAACGCUACUCCCAGACCCACCAACUGACAUAUCCGGGACCCCACAGUCAAGAGAAACAUACUCUGGUCUUGUCCCCUACACGCCCCCUGGCAGUGGUAAUUCCACCCCAGACUACACAACUGACAGACAGGAGAGUGAGAGCGAUAUCCAGACAAAUCCCCCUCUCCCAACAGAAGAACGGAUUGAGACUAACAGGGCAAAGGAGGCUGAAAUGGCGAAGCACUCACCCAACUUUACAAUCCAGUCACAAAGCUCUUUUCUACAGGAGACAACAGCAGCAACCCCUCCUAUCUACCACCUCCCCAGUACAGAAAUAGACUUAAUGCAGACAGAACAAUCUAUUGAAGUUCAGAUGUCUAAUCCUGACCACAAAACCAGGAUGGAGACUCCACUGGUCUCUGAGCUCGUGCUGUCAGCUGAUGCUCAAGGAGCUGUGUUUCAUGGAGGAGAGACCAGCCUGGAGUUGCCUGAGGAGGUGCAGGUGGAUCAGUGUGUCCUCCUGGAAGAACAUCUUGUCAGUGGUGAUACUGCUGUUAUUGAAUUAACCUCUGAAUAUUCUGACAGAGAACCAAAGUCGUUUAUUGAAGGGACCCAUUUGGAUAUCGAAAUGGACCCACUGGCUGCAGGAGAAUUUGAGAUUUAUAGCUUUGUGGAGGAAGAGAUUGCGAUAGAAGUUGUUGGAGAGAGACCAUCCCUCUCCCCAAACUACGAAGUAAACUUAUUCACCCCACUCAUGGAACACUCUGAGAAUUGUACAGCCAGUGAGGAACGAGAAAUAUGCCUGCUAUCUCACCCUCAAGCGAGUAAUGACAAUGAUCAAGUUAUCCAGCAUCGAAAUGACUUUACCCCUCGUCUUUCCACACAAGAUGUAGAGAUGACUGAUGAAGGGCAGAAUUUUGAGCCCGAAAACACAACUACUGAAAUUGACAAUACUGUGUUGGAAGAUUCAAGUGAGGUUUGUGUAGUCCAAACUGUCCCAGUAUCAGAUACUCCAGAUGGACAGACGGACACCUUUACACAAGCUGCAUUCCCUUGUCUGGAGACCAGCACAGCUGUCUCAGACAAUAGAGGGGUGAGCAUUUCCCCAGCCACUUGUCUGAGUGACACACAAACGCUGCCAGGGGAAACGGAAGUGAGAGCAAUGGCCAGUACAUCUUCUCUUGUCUCCCCAAUGGAUGAAUUAACAGAGGGGGUUGUUGUACAGUCAAACAGUCAACACAGUAUUGAGGUCCUCUCGUCCCCAAUUACCAUACACUUGCCAGAGGGUAGAAAGCAGAAUUGUCCUCUAAAAAAGGUACAUGUAGCCACCUUACAAAAUACUACAGAACCCAAGUCCUGUGUUUCUUCUCGUGAAGGGACCAAAUAUCCACAGCCCUGUCCAACACUGACAGAAACCCCAGUGGAGACCCAGCAGGAUGUUUAUCGUACCGUUAAUGUGACAGCAACCGAGGCCAACCCAGAGGCUUCCCGGUCCACACUCUCUUCUGGCAUCAUCGACCCAAAACUCCUCCUACUAAAGCGUGGGGACACCCCUCUCCUCAAACAUCCUCCCUCCUUAUUGUUGGGGGUAUCUAGGCAGCAGAGCAGCAGCCUGGUGCAGGCUAGCACUAGCAGCUUCAGCUGUGGCUCAGACACAGCACCUGUAUUAGAGUGCCUUCCAAAAGCUGUGUCAGUCGCUGUGCCUAUGCCUGUAAGCAGUCAUAGAGACCAGACAGAGUCCUCUGUCAAGAGAGAACCCACAGCAGCACCUCCUGCUAUUCCUGCUACAAACACCCCAACCCAGUCCCGUAUGACCCCUCCAUCUACUCCCACACCAUGCACAUCUGACAAAGAGGCCUUAACUCUAAUCAAAACAUCCACGGGCAAAGCAGUGACUGUGUCUCAAACCCUAAACCCUCCGAAUAUCAUCAAUGCGUCUUCCAAGCCCCUCUCUGCCCCCAAGUUGCCCUCAACAUCAGGCAAUGUGACGAGGAGUAAACUCUCCAGUGAUGGGAGCCAGUCCGGACCACCGCCUGUCAUCCGGCCAUGGCUAGCCGGUGUGAAGGGCCCAGGGCUCAGCCCCACGGAGGAGAGCAGUGAUGAGGAGGCUGACCUGGCAGUGGAGGCCCAGGCUAGCCGCAGGAGCAUGGUCAACCCCAGCCCAGCAGUGAGCAAGGUACGCCAGUGGAUAGCAGACAGGGUCACGCAAAGUUUGUCACCCGCCUCCUCAUCUACUUCAUACCCCUCUCCCGGCCGAUCAUCCUUCAUUGACUGGACUCCCAGCACUACUCCCCUCAUUCUCCGAGGUGCCCAGGGCAGGUUCCUCUCUCCGCCCUCUAUUGGCCCAGGAGGCUCCUCCCCAUCGGACCCUGUCACUCCCCAUCGACCCCGCAUGGAGCGUCACGCAGACAUGGCUGAACUAGCCAAACACGAGGCGGAGAUAGAGGGCAGGACCGUAGCGUUGAAGAGGGAAGGCUUUUGCUCUAUGAAGCGACUGACCCGCUUGACGGAGCCGGUUCGGCUCAAGGUUCACUGGGACUACCUGUGUGAGGAGAUGCAGUGGCUCUCGGCCGACUUUGCCCAGGAGAGGAGGUGGAAGAGAGGGGUCGCCAGGAAGGUGGUGCGGAUGGUGAUGCGACAUCACGAGGAGCUGCGGCAGAAGGAGGAGAAGGCCAAGAGGGACGAGCACGCCAAAAUCAGACGAGUCGCCUCCAACAUAGCCAAGGAGGUCCGGGCCUUCUGGAGCAGUGUUGAGAAGGUGGUGCAGUACAAGCAACAGUCCCGGUUAGAGGAGAAGAGGAAGAAGGCUCUGGACCUCCAGCUGGACUUCAUCGUGGGCCAGACCGAGAAAUACUCUGACCUCCUCAGUCAGGCACUGGAAACGGCACCGGCUGGGAACAGUGAACCUGCACCCUCACCACCCAAAAAAUCUCUUCCUCUUGUUGUGGAUGAAGAUGACCGAGACUUUGAGCCUCCGUGUGGUGGUGAGGAGGAGGAGGAUGAUGAGGAGACCAUCGAAGUGGAGGAGGAACAGGAUGGCAAUGACCCUGAGACCCAGAGGAGGGAGAUUGAGCUGCUAAGACAGGAGGGGACCAUGUCCCUGGCAGAGCUGCUCAGCACCCUCAAACGGCCCCUUUCACAGGGCUCGGAAGAAGAGUGCUCAGACAAUUCGUCCACAACAGUGGACGAAGACGCAGAGUUCACAGCCAACGAAGAGGAUGCUGAAGAUGAGGAGGACACCAUCGCAGCCCAAGAGGUGGUGGAGGGGGAAGCAGAUCACGCGGGCGAGCUGGAUGACUUGGCCAAAGAAGGUGACAUGACUGUGGAGGAGCUGCUGGAGAAGUACAAAGGAGCGUAUGCCUCUGAUUUCGAGGAGCCCUCGGCAUCCGCCUCUCCUGCCAGCUCCGAUGAGUCUGAAAAUUCUGUAGACGAGCAAGAGGAGAGCGAGGAAGACAAAAGUGACGUGGAAAGCAACAUCACCACCUCAGAUAAUGAGGACAGUGGUGAGGAAGAGGUAAUUGACAAUGAUGAAGAUGAGUGCGACGAGGGGAUGGAAAUCCUGCUGAAGGAGGGUGACCACAGUCCCCCUCUCCCAACCGGCCCGCGGCCCAAGAAGGAGAUCAGCCACAUUGCUGCUACUGCAGAGAGCCUGCAACCCAAAGGCUACACCCUAGCCACAACCAAGGUUAAGACUCCCAUUCCGUUCUUGCUUGUGGGCCAGCUGCGUGAGUACCAGCACAUCGGCCUGGACUGGCUGGUCACCAUGUACGAGAAGAAGCUCAACGGCAUCCUGGCUGACGAGAUGGGCCUGGGGAAGACCAUCCAGACGAUCGCCUUGCUAGCUCACCUCGCCUGUGAGAAGGGUAACUGGGGGCCCCAUCUUAUUAUCGUGCCAACCAGUGUGAUGCUGAAUUGGGAGAUGGAGCUGAAGCGCUGGUGUCCUGGAUUCAAAAUCCUCACUUAUUACGGCAGUCAGAAGGAGAGGAAACUCAAGAGACAGGGUUGGACCAAGCCCAACGCCUUCCAUGUGUGCAUCACCUCCUACAAGCUGGUGCUGCAGGACCACCAGGCCUUCCGUCGCAAGUCCUGGCGCUACCUCAUCCUGGAUGAGGCCCAGAACAUCAAGAACUUCAAGUCCCAGCGCUGGCAGAGCCUGCUCAAUUUCAACAGUCAGAGGCGCCUGCUCUUGACGGGAACCCCACUGCAGAACAGCCUGAUGGAGCUGUGGUCCCUGAUGCACUUCCUCAUGCCCCACGUCUUCCAGUCUCACCGGGAGUUUAAGGAGUGGUUCUCCAACCCACUCACCGGCAUGAUCGAGGGCAGCCAGGAGUACAAUGAGGGCCUGGUCAAGAGGUUACAUAAGGUGCUCAGGCCGUUUCUGUUGAGGAGACUCAAGGUGGAUGUGGAGAAGCAGAUGCCUAAAAAAUAUGAGCAUGUGGUGCGCUGCCGUCUGUCCAAGAGACAGCGCUUCCUCUACGAUGACUUCAUGGCACAGGCCUCCACCCGGGAAACGCUGGCCAGCGGUCACUUCAUGUCUGUGAUCAACAUCUUGAUGCAGCUCCGUAAAGUGUGUAACCACCCCAACCUGUUUGACCCGCGGCCCAUCCACUCCCCCUUCAUCACCAAGCCCAUCGUCUUCCACACGGCCUCCCUGGUUCAGAGAGCCCUGGAGAGCUCCCCAUUUAAGCGCGGUGACCUGUCUUUGUUUGACCUGGUGGGUCUAGAGGGCAGCGUGUCCAGGUACAAGGCCGACGUGUUUCUGCCCCGACGGAAGGUCAGCCGCCAGCUGAUCCAUGAGGUCAUGGAGUCCCCCGACCCUCCUCCCCGCCCCAAACCUGUCCGUAUGAAGGUCAACAGGAUGUUCCAGCCCUUACCUAAGGCUGAUGGUUGCACAGUGCUGGUGGUGAACAACCCUCGGCUCACCUGCCCGGUCACCCCUGCUGCUCAGGCCCCACGGCCCCGUCUCAUCCAGGAUGUGACCCCAACCCUCACCCCUUCACCUCUAGUCCAACAAGCGGUGUAUUCAGUGGCACCCACUGCCCCUUCACGCCCGCCUGUGCACCCCAGCGGCCCCUGUGCGUUGGGAACUGUCGUGAGGUCUGGCUCCCCAAUGCCAGUCUUGGCUGUGCGCUCGCCCACCGCCUCCUGCAACCCCGCCAGCCAUUCCACCCCUACUUCCAGCAACGUCAUGACUCAACGGGUUCUGCUCAGCCCUGACAUGCAGGCCCGACUUCCCUCUGGGGAGGUAGUGAGUAUUGCCCACCUGGCCUCGUUGGCUGGGCGUCCUGUGUCGUCGUGCCAGGGCAGUAAGCCUGUUACCUUCCAGCUGCAGGGCAACAAGCUCACCCUGUCUGGAACCCAGCUCCACCAGGUCCCUGUGGCCCCUCCACGCCCAGUACAAGGUAACUUCAUGCAUCUGGUGACCAGCGGAGGGCAGCACCACCUCAUCAGCCAGCCAGCCCAGGUAGCAGUGUUCAGUUCAGCCAACACCCAUGCUGCCACCCCCUCUCCCGCACCCUCGGAAAUCCAGCUGCCUCUCAACGCUUCUCAAGUGCCCUCCUCCGUGGUGACCAGCUCUGGGAUCGUGAAGAUCGUGGUACGCCAGUCAAGUAAGGAAGGAGGAGGUGUACCCACCCUGGCAGUGCCCCCUUCUCCACGCGUAGCCCCCCAGGCAUCACCCUCCAUACACCACCAUACCAAUACCAACAUUGCUCUGAGAUCCCCCCUUGCACAUUGCCACCCCGGACCCGCCACAGCUCAAUACACCCUGGCCCCCCCUAGAACCCCUACGUCGGUCACAAUUAGAACCUCUACCCCAGCCCCUCCUCGUAUCCCUGCCCCUCCUCGAAUCCCUAUCCCAGCCCCUCCUCGAACCCCUACUCCUGCCCCCCUUCAGAACCCUACCCCAGCCCCUUCUCGAAUCCCUAUCCCAGCCCCUCCUCAAACCCCUACUCCUGCCCCCCUUCAGAACCCUACCCCAGCCCCCAGUCAGCCUGAGCCCCCUUGCCCAGUGCUGAAAGUAGUAAAGGGGCCAGCAGAAACCAGCACAGAACAGAAAGCUCGUCUGAAUUCUUUGUCAACACCUGAGGAGAGCAGCGACACUAAAUCAGCCGUUCCUAAAUCAGGGUCCCAUGUUGGUGGAUUUGUCCCCCCUCGACCUCGGGCACAACCUCGCCCACAUCCUCGCUCCCCCUUCUACAUGUCAUGGCUGGCAGACAGCCGCAAGAAGCAGCGAGACAGCCGCCUGGCCCAAAUCAUCCGGAUCAAUGACCUGCACUGCAGCGCCAAGCCCGUGUACGGCCAUGAGGUGCUGGACUUCCUCACCUUCCUCCCGGGCUCCUGCCCUGCUCCGGCCCCCAGGGCCCUGGGUCAGUGGGGCCGCUCGGGCCACACCGCCUGCUUGUUCGCCCAGUCCCACAGCACCGUGGACUACUGGGACCAAAGCCGUGCCCUGAGGGAGGCCAUCCACACCACUGAGGACAGACUGCAGCUGCUCAAAGAUGUGAUAGAAAGGUUUACGUUUGUGAUCCCACCGGUGGAGGCUCCGACCAUCACCAUGCACAGCUGCCACCCCCCUCCAUCUCUGAGCCACAAGCAGGCCAUGUUCACCUCGCUGCUCUCCUCCCAGGUGGCCCCGCUCACACGAAGUCUGCACCGCAUCCAGUGCAACAUGAGGACCCACUUCCCUGACCUGAGGCUGAUCCAGUACGACUGCGGUAAGCUGCAGACGCUCCACACUCUGCUGCGACGGCUGAAGGAGGGCCAACACCGCGUGCUCAUCUUCACCCAGAUGACCCGCAUGCUGGACGUGCUGGAGCAGUUCCUUGGCUACCAUGGGCACAUCUACCUUCGCCUGGACGGCAGCACCCGUGUCGAGCAGAGACAGUCCUUGAUGGAUCGCUUCAACGCUGACCGCCGCAUCUUCUGCUUCAUCCUGUCCACGCGUAGCGGCGGCGUGGGGGUGAACCUCACAGGCGCCGACACGGUGGUGUUCUACGACAGUGACUGGAAUCCCACCAUGGACGCCCAGGCCCAGGACCGCUGCCACCGCAUCGGACAGACCCGCGACGUCCACAUCUACAGGCUGAUCAGUGAGCGCACGGUGGAGGAGAACAUCCUGAAGAAGGCCAACCAGAAGAGGAUGCUGGGAGACAUGGCGAUCGAAGGAGGCAACUUCACCACUGCUUUCUUCAGACAGCAAACCAUCAGGGAACUAUUUGAAGUGACGGAGGGGGAGAAGAAGGAGAUGAUCGUGGAGCUCUCUGUGCCCCAGCCUGAGGAAGAGGAGACUGUCAACAAACAGAGCACCACCAUCCUGGAGCAGGCCCUGUGUCGUGCCGAGGAUGAGGAGGACAUAGUGGCCGCCUCCCAAGCCAAAGCAGAGCAGGUAGCUGAACUGGCAGAGUUCAACGAGGCCAUCCCAUUGGACGAGGCUGGUGAAGGGAGGGACCCAGAAGAAGAGGAGCUCUCCAAGGCCGAGCAGGAGAUAGCGGCUCUUGUGGAGCAGCUAACUCCUAUAGAACGCUAUGCUAUGAACUUCCUAGAGGAUUCACUGGAGGAUGUGUGCAAGGAGGAAUUAAAGCAAGCCGAGGAGCAGGUGGAGGCUGCCAGGAAGGGGCUGGACCAGGCAAAGGAGGAGGGCCUGAAGCUGCAAGCAGGCUCCUCAGACAACGACGACGAGGACUUCUCAUCACAGCCAGUAGAGGAGCCCUCCACUCCCAGGUCGGGCCGCCGCCCACGCAAACACAAAGAGAAAGGCGCCCCCUCCACCAGGACCAGCGGCAGGCUCAGAGGGACCACGGCCUCCCCAGAGCCCGACACCCCAACCCCCACCCCCAGAGAAGUGCCUGAAAGACUCCGCUCUGCUCUGAGAGGACGAGGGGGGACCAAAGACACCACCACCCCGGCUCACACAGAGCACCCAAGAGUCCACACCACCUCAUCAAGGCUCCAGGAAUCUGCCAAACCUGCAGCGACAACCACGGCCUCUCCUCGAGACUCCAGUCUCAUAUCCGGGGCGGCAGCGCCACUUCUCCGGACCCAGUCCCACUCCAGUUCAGUGCCUUCCACUGCCACCAGUCCUCUAGCUGGGAAACCACUGACACAACCAAGGGAGUCGGACACUGAGUCACCCAGAAGGGAGCAGGGAGAGUGUGUCGUCUCGGAUUCCAUGUGUCCGGUGGACCACCAGUCAUACUCUGCCCAGGCCAGGGAUUAUGACAGCAGGGACCAGAAGUCCCUGUCUCCCCCCUUGGUGUGCUCUCUCUCCCGGUCGCCACGCAAGCGCCAGUCAGCCGACGGGGAGGUCCUGCUAGGCCUCCCGGAACAUUCUCCGUCGGCCAAGGUCCUGCGGAAGCUCCCUGGUCGCCUGGUGACAGUGGUGGAGGACAAGGAGCCCAGGAAGAGGAGGAGAGGCAGCGGAACGGGAGGAGGCUCAUCAGAGGAGACGGAGCACGCAGAGUCGGGCCGAGGCUCAGAUGUGCCAAGCGGAGACGCUACAUCCCAGGCCCCUGACAAAACCAACCAGUCCCCCAAAGAGAAAGAUGAAGGGACGGCCUCAAAAUACUCCUCAAAGAUCACCAACCUCCCAGAGGAUCUUUUAAGACACACCCAUCCUGCCAGAAACUACCCUCCUUAUUCCCCACCCCACCACUCCCCUGACAUGCCGGUGCUGAGGAACCUGCCGGUGCGGCGGCGGCUUGAGAGUGAGUCUCGCGUGGCGGCCCAGUUAGGAGAGCAGGGUCUGGGCCGAGGGAGAGGAGGGAACUACCACAGGAAAAUGGACACUCAGCCAGGAAAUGAAGGCACCGCGUCCUCGGGCACUAAUGUUGCUAACUCGACCCCGCCGUUGAAACGAAAGAGGGGCCGACCCCCCAAGACUCCCCUCAGGGUGGUGGAACCCCAGCCAGAGCAUCUAUCCCCUCCCCACCCUAACUUACCAAGUGAGGAGGGGAGCCCCCCCUUCUCCGCAAAACGCAAGAGAGGUCGUCCCCGCAAAAACUUUGGGUGCAAAAAUGCCGUGGGUGCAGGAAAGAUCUCAAACGCCCCCACUGCCAGCACCACCAGCCAAGCUAGUUCCCUGUCUGACACUGCUGCUGCAGACACAGAGCCUCUAGCCCAGUCUGCCCCCACUAAGCCUCAAACUGUGGCCACCUCUGCUGUCUGCACCAGCCAAGCCUCUCCGUCUACCAAAGCUGAGGACUCCACCGCAACAUUAAAAGCAGACACUAAGACUGAGUUCCCUACCACAACCCCAACUGCUAUCCUUGCGACAAGCCCAGCUCAAGUCCUUACCAUAACUGCUAUUCCUGCGCCAAGCCGAACUCAAGUUCCCACCUCAAUUCAAAUCUCUGUCUCCACCUCAAACUCAACCUCUGUUCCUGCCUCAAGCUCACCCACAGUUUCCACCCCAAGCUCACACACAGUAUCCACAUCGAGGAUGACCUUUGGUCAUGCCUCAAGGUCAACCUCUGGUCCCAUCCGAAUUCCAACCGCAGUCCUCACUUCAACACUGGCCCAAUUCCUCACUUCAAGACCUAGAGUCACCACUUCACCACCAGUCUCCACUUCUCCAUCAAUCUCCACAACAACUGCCACACAAAUCUUCACCCCUACCCCCAACAAGAUUUCCACUCCUCCCCUUGCCCAAAUCACUAUCCCUACUCCAGCUCUAGCCCAAAUCCCAAAAAUUGCCACAUCAGCCUCUACUCCAACCAGCACCCCCACACCAACAUUCACACAUGUGAAACCAACCCUUACUCCGGUCCCUACCACAGUUGUCACAACUAAUCUACCAACACUUAGUAAACCCACCACAACCUCAAUUGCAAAUCUAACCACAAUUUCCACACCAGCCCCACCCAGAAUUGUCACCACCGUUACACCAGCCCCAACCACAGACGCCGCAGCAGCAGCAGCUCCUGCCACAACCUCCAUACCAACUUCUACCAAAAUCACCACCACAACCCCCACACCAGGCCCUACGCCAACCAUCACGUCAACUGCUACACCAGACCCUACCACAACGGUCACAAAUGUCAAACCAACCCACACACCAGUCCCUACCAUGAUCAACACAACCUCUGUUCCAAUUCCCAACACUAUCCCCACAGCAGCCCCAACCAGAAUUGUCACCACCGUUACAGCAGCUCCUGCCACAACCUCCAUAACAACUUCUACCAAAAUCACCCCCACAUCAACUGCUACACCAGAUCCUACCACAACUGUCAAACCAACCCACACACCAGUCCCUACCACGAUCACCACAACCUCUGUUCCAAUUCUCAACACCAUCCCCACAGCAACCACAACUAGAACUGUCACCACUGUUACUGCAGCCACUACCACAACACCAAACCCCACCCCUUCCCAAGUACCCAUCACCACCAAAAUCCACACCCAGAUAUCCACUCCAAGUUCAACACAAGUACCCCCCCGAGCCCAAAUUCCUGUUACGUCCAGCAUCUCCACUGCUGUGGCUGUCACCGAGAACCAGGCUUUGGAGCCUGCUCCAGUGGUGACUGCCCAUAACAGAGACCCCGAGAAGAUAACAGACAUGGAGGUAGAAGAGGAUGGAGAAGAGGAGAUUAGUGACUCUCAUCCGAAAAAGAGGAAAGUGGAGAAUUCUGAAGCCAAAGACACUGUCCCAGAGGCCCCAGUGGCUCCUCGGACAGAAGAAACUGAUAAACAGAAGGUAGAGGAGAGCGUCGGCGAUGACAGAGCCACCAGCAAGAAGAGGCCUCUCAGUCGCCAGAGCAGUCAAGAGUCUGUGCGCUCCUCCUCUCCUUCCUCUGUGUGUUCCACAUCCACUCCCACACGGUCAGCCCAACACAAGAAGGGUGCAGAGAAGAGGGCACCUGCCAAGAAGAUGCGAGGGGAGGUUUCCUCUGACCCAGAGAAGGGGGAGGGAAGGGCAGAGAAAGAUUUCACCAAUGAUACUCAGAGGAAGCAGUCCAGGUCCUCCUCUUCAGACUCUGACACCUCUGAAACCAGGAAGGAGCGCCUCCUCACCCGCUCAGCCCAGAGCCGACAGGAGACCGAGGGGGAUGGAAGACCCACCAGGAGCUCUGAACGUGUGGGCAGGAAAGUGUCCAACAACACCGGUACUGAUGAGUCUGGCAGCCAGACAUCCUCUGUGAGAGUCACCCGGAAAUCUUCUGUUCCCCAGCCCACCCCAGAGAGAAAACCCCAGUCCAACAGUGUGCCCUCUAGCCAGCCAGAGGUCCUAGGGAAGAGGUGUUCAGCCCUGAACGCUGCAGCCAAACUCCUUGCCAUGCGAGGCAGGAUCGACACCCCUGGCAGCAGGAAAGACCCUGCGGCUAAGACCAGUGGGCAGAACGCCACUUCUCCUGCUUCAUCUGACAAGAACCAGAAGUCCAAAUCUAAAAGUGCACCUGCCACUCCGCCAACCAACUGCAACAACAAAGUAGGAAGCAGCAAGACAACCCCAACCCAGUCAAGCCGCACCGCUGCACGUUCCACCCGCCAGUGCCCUGGUCCCCUCGUCCCGGCCUUGGAGACGAACAGCAAGAGGGGGAGCAAAAAGGAGGAGAAGGAAAAGAAGAAGCCCUCUGAGGGAAAGGAGGAGGGUGAGCGGGAGACGCGCUUGUCCAGGGGCCACAGUGCAUGCAGCAGCAUGAGUAGCGAUGGUGGUGGAGGGAGCAGCAGGAGCCAGAGCAGCAGUAGCCUCAGCUCCCAGAGCACCGGGCCCAGGCGCAACCACUCACGAGCACCCUCCUCCGGCAGUGAACGUGAACGCAGCACCGAGAGGGGCAGGAGGCGCAGCCACAGGAAGGAAGGAGAGGGCCGUGGGAGGGAGACCCGGAAGGAAAGAAAGGAGAGGCACGCCCAGAAGCGGGAGAGGCUUUCCCAGGAAGGGAACGCCGGCUCGGGAGAGGGCACCCCGGACAGGGUGCUGCGCAGCGUGGCGGCUAUGGCAGCGGCUCAGGCCCGCACACCAGCCGCUAACACCCGCUCCUCCUCCGCCCAACACAACAAGACUUGAUGGGAGGACUAGAGAUGAGGAGUGAGGGAUUCUGACUGGAAGCAUAGAGGGGUAGGUUGUAACAGAGGAGAAAUGACCUCUAAAGUUGCUGCUUUGUCUACACUGACAGACCAGAGCAGAACAAUGAGUGUUGUGCAGGUCAGUGACCUCUCUCCCUCUUGGGCCCCUCUCCCCCCCAACCCACAUUAAAGCUGGUCUCCUCUCCAGUUCAGCCAUCAUCAACUGGGGGAAAGGCUCAGGGAUGCCAGACUGUGUGCAAAGAGAAAGGUGGCACCAUGGUAGUGCCAUUCCAGAGGUGAGGUGUUGCUAGUCCUGAAGGUGUCACUUCAUGCUGAGACAGUGACUUGACUGCGGGGACUUUGUUGCGAGUGAGUAAAUUGUUAGUUCACACUAUGUACUGUAAAACAUUUAAAAAGACUGGAAUACUAAGAGAUGUAUGUGUCCGAGAGAGAUUUAAAUUGUGCCCUAUGUACAGAGUUUAUUCGCUGCCAGGGUUAUUGAUUCAAAAUAAGCUUGUGAGUGACAGUUAUAUCGUAAGAUGAAGGUUUUAGACAGUUGGGUUCUGGACAUAUUGUCAACUGUUCUGUUUCCAGUCAGUUGAUAAGUGAUGGAUAUUUUAUGGUUUCUUCCAGGGAAAUGGGAAGAGAGCAGAUCUGUAAAUGUGAUCUUUGCUGCACUAUGCUGGAGUUGGUCUUUGCUUGGGCCUCCCUAUCUUGUGAUUUUCUGCCCACCUUUUUAAAUCCAGCCUGCAUUUUUUUAUUUGCACAUCAGACAUGUUGUCCUCAGCAUAAUUUGAGUGCAUCGUUGUGUAGUAUUUUUAUUACAUCAAUUUCAAUCAAAAUACUACUAUGUUCCUGGUACCUCACACAAUGCAUCUUUCAAGCUCUAAAUAUGUCUGUCUUUCUUGAGCUUCUGCAUCUUGAAGAUAGUACUUAUUUUGCUUACUGGCAAUGCAGAAACAGGAGCAGAACUUUGAUUUAAUUCUCCUCACCUUUCCAAAGUGAGUCAGACAUUAUGGUCAACGUCAUGAAGUUGAUCUAAAAGGGGAUUGAAUCCAUGUGAAUAAAAUGAGUGCCUGUUAGGCCGAGCAGGUGGACGGAGAUCCCAGUUUGCCUUGUCAAGUACCUGACGUUGGGGUGUCGUCAUUAGUACAAAAAAAUAUUUAAAAAAUCCACCUUCUGUAAAUCACAAGUAAAGCACCCUUAUGCAUCAGUGCUAUCAAAUUCUAUAUCAUUUUUUACUAUUGUUAUUUCUUCAUUGCACCUCUCAUGUAAGUACUUGGACAAAACAUGUGAAUAAAACACUGGUACAGUUCCAGGUGGCUCUAUAUAUUGUCAAUUUACUUUGAGGACUUGCAUUUGGAAAAGCUAUUUUUGGGCAGGGUGCUGUUUUGAGUGAAUGGGUGGGUGGAAUAUGGUAAUGGUCUUAUUUUGUUAUCUUGAUGUCUUUCAUUUGUUACAUUCCUCUGUUCCCUUGUAAUUCCACAUCGUUUUACUUGAAAGAUUAAUAGACAAUGAGUUGAAUAAAAAGACCAAAAAUGUA